CGGCUUUUCGGCUUCACCCCGAGGGGUGUGUCAAUCACAGCUUCACAUCUGUCGUCUAUAUAGAUUACCACCCAAUUUCUUAUCCACCGCCACCGCAACAUCGCACAACAUGGGUAUAUUUACACCGUCUGCUCCAGCCGUACUCAGCCCGGUCCACCCCCCACUCGGAAUCCACCCUGCGUACACCUCGCACCCUCAGCCUGUCACGCUCGUCUUGAAAGAGCGCGUCUUUUCCUUUAGCGGCGAUGACUUUGGGGUCAAGGAUACGAACGGACAGGUGGUGGUGAGAUGUCAGGGGAAAGCGCUCUCAUUUAAGGAUCGUAAGGUGAUCACCGACCCAAAUGGCCAGUUCCUCUUUGGCAUCCGCAAUAAGCUCAUCGCCAUCCACAAGACAUUCAUCGGUGAGGACGCACAUGGGAACGAAAUAUUCCGUAUCAAAAAGAAACUCUCUUUCGGUUCACACCUGGUUGCCACUUUCCACAACCCUGCCACCAAUUCCCCUACGACUCUUGUUUUGAAAGGAGACUUCUGGGGAGGGUCUGCUGAUAUAUCCAUUGAGGGUGGGCCGGUAGUGGGCCAGAUUUCGAGAAAGCUGUUUAAUGCGCGAGAGUUCUGGGGGGAUAAACAGACUUACUUUUUGACAGUAGCCCCAGGCGUGGACCUUGCGCUCAUGGCAGCGGUCUGUAUAUGCUUCGAUGAGGCGAAGAAUGAGGAAAAUAACUAAAUGCGGACAUGACGGUAGCUACUGCUCUUUAUUUGAUUUCACUGCAACGUAAGAAGUGUAUAAUUAUAUCACGAUAUGCAUACAUAUUGUAUAAGCAAAGAAACC